CGAAUGCUCACUUUUCUACUCUUCUAUUCAUCCAUGUACAAAAUAAAAAAGCUUGUUAGUUUUUACACCUUUGCUUGAUCACACCUUGCCCACUUUUUCAUCAUUCCUCAUUUCAUCUCUACCUCUCUUUGUCUCCAUUGCAUGACUCUUUACAUCCAUUAGAUUUGCUUAAUUUCUUUAUUUUGACAGUUGCUCUUAAAGAGCAAACACAAACUGCUACGUUCCUUUGGCUUCGCCAGACUUCACUUCCCCCUUCCUCACCGUAAUAAUAAAGUCUUUUAAUCUCUAAAAAAAAUGUCUCUCCCCAUACCACAGCACUCUCACUACAGAAGCACUGCUUCUCUUGACAAGAACUCUUUCCUCAUACCACAAAAGUUCUCACGACGUCCCACUUCAUUUACUUCUCCUAUCAUUUCUACUUUGGUAGUUCUUGCCUUUGUAGGAUGGCCUUCAUUCUUUGUACAGCUGACAAUGGCAGUCGCUCCACGCCCCGUUGGUGGUUUUGCUAUCUGUCAGACCACUUCCUCACUACAUAUCCAGGGUGGAGUGACCUAUUCUGAUGAUGGAACCUAUCUCACCACUACGAAUCAACACUUUCGAUUGGAUCUCUCUAAAGGAUUUUCUUUAUCCGGAGCCUCAAACCCACCCGUUUGGGUUAAUAUGACCACUCAUUACUCUCCUUUUCAGAGAUUCCAUGCCGGUGCCUGUACACCAGACUCGGCUACGUUUCUCACUGUCGGAAACGCAGACUCUGUCAACACCGGGGCCUCAGGAGGUGGAUUCAUGAUGGCCUACAGUGUUACCAAGGGCACAUGGAUUGCGGUCACCCAGGCUGUGAGUGAAGCAACUGGCUCCAAUAACAACGGCUCUGGGAGGCGGUAUGAUCAAACCGGAGCAGGUGCGGGGAUCGUCGGUGCAGGACGGACUAUGCCUGGCUUCGCUCUUGCAACAACGACGAAUAACAAAGCUAUCACUGGACAAGGUGUGGUCAUCGGUGGUGGCUGGAUCUCUCAAAAGGGUUCUACUCAUUCUGCAUUGGCGACAGAGUUGACAAACUUGGUUACAGAGGCAGAUUUGGUAACCAUCGGAAGCGAUGGCUCCGUAGAGUCGCUCACUUGGUCGGUUGUUCCCAAAGCAGGGAAUGGUGGCUACAACGUUAAUCGUAAUUUGGGGUCACUAGCAGGCGCCAAGGUGGUGAUCUUGCCCUCAUCAGGCAAGGCUGUGGUAUUGGGCGGGGUGACCGGUGGACGAUCUAAUGGGUUAUCCUUUUCUACUAUACCAAUCAUUGACAUGGCAACAGGGGUUGUCAUUCUUCAGAGAACUCAAUCAAGCACACCAAACGCGACACCCCAAGAGCGCUAUGGUCACUGUGUUGCGCUCUCUGCUGAUGGAAACACAAUCUAUGUGUUUGGGGGUUCGCUCGUCUCGAAUGAUAUGCUUACAAACAACUUUUUUGCGCUCGAUAUCAGGACAUGGACAUGGCUUCAACCAACGGUCAAAACGUCGUUAGCUUCACCACCACCUGUGAGAGAUCAUCAAUGUGUCAUUAUUGGUAACCAAUUUUUGUCUUUAUUCGGAUUCAAUACCAACGGGGUACCGGAUUCAGGUAGUAGUGCCAGAGCUACACCUCCUAUUUAUGUGCUCUCCACUUCACAAUGGGAAUGGUCUGCUCAGUAUACACCCCUACCAGGGACACCAGCGCCACCUACACCUCCUGAUGUUCCGACGGAUGACAAAAAGAGCAAGAUCAACGGUGUGGGAAUUGCGUUUGGUGUGAUCUUUGGUCUGGCAUUUCUGGGUGUAAUUGGAUACAUGAUAUUUUCACACAAGCGCAAACAGAGACGGAAAGCAGAGAGAUUGAAGUUGAUCGAGCUAGAGGAACAAAAGAAAGAGGAGGUCAGACUUGAGAAGGAAAGGUUGGAGAAAAUGAGGGACGCUCCCUUACCACCAACACCGCCUAUGAUGGCUCAUGUAUAUAAUAAUGACAACAAUAACAAUAAUAAUAAUUCAAAUUACCAAGGACAGGGACAAGGUUAUGACUAUAAUACCAAUAUGCAUACUAAUAAAAACGGUGGAGCGUACUAUCAAUCACCACCGCCGCCCCAGAUGUCUGGCGCUCCCUCCACAAACUAUUAUCAAGCACAAGAUCCCUUCCAGAACACAACUUAUCAGCACUAUCAGCCUCAAUACCAGCAGCAACAGCAAAUACAGCCACCACUGACAAGCAAUUCGUACUAUCCACAGACAGGAGAUGUUUAUGAUAGGGCUCAAUUUAACCAUCCAUCCUCAUCAGGGCCUUCAUCUGCGUUUAUCCCAGAGGAGAUGGGUUCAAGAUCAUCGGCCAUGGAUGCAAACUACGUUGGAGGAUAUCCAGGUCAUCAUCAAACAGCUAAUUAUAAGAUGUCACUGGAAUCAGAAGGAGGAACGCGUCUACCACCUGGACCAUCAUAUCGUUAGU